AUGAUCAAAAACUCAAACCCGGCUGUGGUUAAAGAUCUGCUGCGACGCGAGGGGCGCGGCGCGGGCCGCGGGCACGGCCCGCACGAGCGGCUGCGGCUCCUUGGGCCCGUGGUCAUGGGCGUCGGCCUGUUCGUGUUCAUCUGCGCCAACACGCUGCUCUACGAGAACCGCGACCUGGAGACGCGACGGCUUCGCCAGGGGGUGCUGCGGGCUCAGGCGCUCCGGCCCCCUGACGGCCCCGGCUGGGACUGUGCCCUCCUCCCCAGCCCCGGACCCAGGACUCCCGGAGCCAUAGGCUGCACAGAGCCAGAAAGUUGGGACCUGUCCCCGCGUCGGGGUACCUCACCCGUCCCAUCAGUGCGGAGUCUGCGUUCAGAGCCUGCUAAUCCUCGCUUGGGGUUACCUGCCCUGCUCAACAGUUACCCGCUGAAGGGCCCGGGGCUGCCCCCACCCUGGGGUCCACGGACCCAGACUGGCCAUGUGAUUAUCACCGUGCAGCCGUCUGGUUCCUGCAUUGAACAUUCCAAGUCUCUGGAUCUGGGCCUCGGGGAGCUCCUGCUUGGGGCCCCAGCGGCUCGAGACUGUGCUCACCGGAGCUGGCCACGGCUGGACCGCCUCAGUCUGGGGGGUUAUGCCAAGUUGGAAGGAGGAGGGGACUUGGGAGCGCGGGUUUGAAGAGCAGGGGACAGCCUGCUAGAGGGCUGCAGCAUGGACCGUGGUAACAGGACCAGAAGUCCCAAUGUCUAGUAGAUGCAUCAGUCACUUCCCAGACCGGAGAUGGAUGCUCUGGCCCCAGCAGCUGCUAAGGCAUCCUCACUUGCAUGUCGGCAGAGAAAUGCCAACUGCACAAGGGUUCAAUCAGCUGGAGAGAAUGUUUUCAUGUGGAGUCUGGAGACCAGCAUGACUCGGCCUCGGGAACUCUUUAAGCCUCCAAGAGUGGCCUUAGCCUUGGACAGUACCUGAGGCAGCUGGAGGUCCAGGUCAGGGUGAUUGGGAGAUGCAGCAGGUGUCUCGGCAGAUCCAAAGUGGUGGGCAAGGACCCCUAAGACUUGGAAGGUAGGUUGGGAUGUUACAGGCUGGGCCAGGCUCCCUCCACGGUAGCACCAGUUGUGGGGUUAGGGGAGAUGGGCAACGCGGUAGAGUUAAGACCCUCCACUGCCAUUGGGAUGGAGACUGGGGCAUUAACUCCCACCCCCUCAGCCCCUCUCUGCCCUCAGCCAUGCAGGGUACACCCCCUAGGGCUGCACUACUGCCAAAGAAGCCUUCCUCCGGAGGGUCCAGCCCCUUCCUGAACAGGUCUGAGAAGCCCCCUUCUCUCCUUUGUCAUGGCCUGUGCUGCAAAAUCUCCCCCAACUGGCAAAAAGCAUCUGCCAGUUCUCCUUUUAUACAGCGUUGAAGCUGCAUUUUGGCCAAUGUGGGUAGCUUAAUUUAGAAAAGAGUCUUUUCUAGGGUCAAAA